CGAAAAUUAACAAUCGUAUCCACUUCGAGCCGCGCCUAUCUCACGAACAGCUCAUCCCAGAGAGAAACCAAACGUUCGAAACCCUAGAAAAGCAAUGGCGGAAGCGAAUCCUAGCCGUGGAGGUGGCGGACCAAUGGACGACGACAAAUUGGUCUUCGAGACGAGCGAAGGGAUCGAGCCCAUCACUAAUUUCAACGACAUGGGGAUCAAAGAGGACGUCCUCCGCGGCGUCUACGAGUACGGUUUCGAGAAGCCCUCCGCGAUCCAGCAGAGAGUGGUGAUGCCGAUUCUCCAAGGACGAGAUGUGAUCGCCCAGGCUCAGUCCGGUACCGGAAAGACCUCGAUGAUAGCUCUCUCCGUCUGCCAAAUCGUUGACACUUCGUCUAGAGAAGUUCAGGCGUUGAUAUUGUCUCCAACGACGGACCUGGCUUCGCAGACGGAGAAGACUAUUCAAGCUAUUGGGUUACAUGCUAAUAUCCAGGCGCAUGCGUGUAUUGUUGUUUAAAUCAUAUCUUAAAAUUUCACUCUUCAGAUCUAAACCAUACAUCUAGAUUAGUUAAACUUAUAGAUAGAAAUGGUUUUUAUGUUUCAACUAUAUUUAUGAUAAAAAAUUAGUGUGUUCUUGAAGUUUUGUAGACUUUAACCUGACAAUGAUUAAGGAAAUGUCUGGUUCAAAUGCA